CCUUCUCGGCCGGGCCUUCCCUGCGGAGGAGGCGGCGGAGCCCCGGGACGGGCCCGGGAAAAACCGGGAUAAAAACGGGAAAAAAAGGGAAAACCGGGAUAAACCCGGGAUAGCCGGGAGCAGCGGGAUCAGCGCAGCGCCCGCGCCGCCGCAGCCAUGGUGUUCUACUUCACCUCCAACGCCGCCGCCGCCGUCUACACCAUCUACAUGGGCAAGGACAAGUAUGAGAACGAGGACCUGAUCAAGUACGGGUGGCCCGAGGACGUCUGGUUCCAUGUGGAUAAACUCUCCUCAGCCCACGUCUACCUGCGGCUGCACCAGGGCCAGAGCAUGGAUGACAUCCCCAAGGAGGUGCUGAGCGACUGCGCCCACCUGGUGAAGGCCAACAGCAUCCAAGGCUGCAAGCUGAGCUCGGUGACCGUGGUUUACACGCCCUGGAGCAACCUGCGCAAAACGCCCGACAUGGACGUGGGGCAGAUCGGCUUCCACCGCAGCAAGGACGUGCGCUCGGUGACGGUGGAGCGGCGCGGGGCGGAGCAGCUGCGGGCGGCUGGAGCGGACGCGCGUGGGCGCUUCCCGGACCUGGCGGCCGAGCGGGAAUGCCGGGACCGGGAGGAGCGGGGGCGGCGCCGGAUGGAGCUGCAGGAGCAGCGCCGGGAGCAGCGCGAGGAGCAGCGCCGCAGGAAGGAGAUGGAGGAGCUCCGGAGCUACUCGUCCCUGAUGAAGGCGGAGAACAUGUCCUCCAACCAGGACGGGAACGACUCCGAUGAUUUCAUGUGAGGAUCCCUCCGGAAUUCCCGGGAAAAGGGAAUUCCCGGGAAAAGGAACUCGGGGCUCCGGCCCCACGGGAACCUCGGGGCCGCUCCCGGACUUUUGGGGGGGAAUUCCCGGGAAUGUCGGAGCCAACAAGGGCUGGGAUCGGCCGGG